AUGGCGCCUGCCUCAUCAACCCCCAACUUCUCUCGUCCCCUGGUUUCUCCUAUGUCGGCUGAGCUUGAUACCCCAGUCAGAGCAAGAUGCCGCCUGGCUUUUGGUGAGCCACCGCAUACAGCGGCAGCGGCUUUGAUGGGAAUGCCAAAACGACAGUCCCUUGAACGUGGAACACCCAGCAAGCGACUAUUCAACGUCCCAGGUAGCCGGAAUGGCAGACCGGCAGAAAAAAGUGGCACUAGCACGCAAUCCUUCAAUGAGAUCGAGCACGUCCAAAUUCUCUCCGACUUGAAUCUCACAGGUAACAAUGGUUCUCAACAUCCCGUCAAAAGCGCGGACCUUGGUGGUCAGGAUAAACCAAUUUCCAACUUUUGUCGCACAUCAUGGCCUCAACUCGACAGACAGCGACAAGUGUUGAUCAUCGAUCUGUUCUGGCCCAUAGAGCUUGAAGAAAAUGGUGGCGACGGAGGAAAUGAGGAAGAUGAUGAUGACGGAGACGACCAAGACAAGAAUAUAUUUCCCUAUGCUGGCCUCAAACCUCUGGUGACUUUCCACAAUCUCCACCACCUCCAAAUCACAGGGAUGAUGCGAUCCUAUCAACAGAUCAUCUUUGCCACUUCCUGGGUCAACAAAAGCCUCACUCACCUCCACCUUGAGAUGACAAUCGGACCCAAAAUGAAGCCCAUCAGCAGAGACACAGAGCUCAGAUUUCGCCUCAUUACCGACGACUGGUCAUACGAUCCCGCCAGCGAGGAAUACAAGUAUUGCGAGUAUCUUGGAUAUCAUGGCGAAGGUGUUCUGCAUGACGAGUUUGGUUCCGGAGAGUACCUCGAUCAACAGGCAAUAAAAAUGGCUCAGAUGUCUGUUGGGACUGCGGUGUCUCAAGAGAAUCUACAUUUGCUUCCCAUCACUCACUUGACACUGAAGAACUUUGUUGUUGACGCCAAUCCAUUUUUCCGCUGGUUUGAUCCAAAUCUACUAGAGGAGAUCGUGUUGAAGGCGGGUUGUGUGGAUGCCGGAUUUUAUCUGCCUCCAAACAUGAAAACCGCCAUCAAGGUUGACGCACCUAAGCAGCUGAAUGUGGCCAGAAGAGUGAAGCCUGGAGAGAUCAAGCACGUGAAAGUUAAAAGAUGGAAGGAAACAUCGAGGAAGAAUGAAGGGACUGUAGCUGGAGUACUAAUGAUACCUAACUGUAUGGGAAUUACCACGGGUACUGAUGAAGAGGUCUCCACAGGCGAAACGCGACGGGCAGCCAACUGA